UAUCACCACCUCCUGCAACAACCGAUUGAUAGAGCUUUAGACGACCCCGACGCCAACACAUAACGGGGAAAACUAUCGUCAAUACUGUAUAUUGUACCCGGUCUGAAGAAACAGGAUAUACCCUAGAAGAUCAUCUGCAAUCGUGUCCUCCAAAACAGCUUUCAAGCGACUGCAAGCGCGGCCCGGCAUGCGGGCAAAAUCAAAGGUCGAGGAAUGGAUGAACAGUCCGGGAGAGGCCACUGGGAGUGAUGACGAGGAGGACGAUGAGGCCCGAUCGGAUGCUUCUGAGGAUGGCGGCGAGGGUGCUGCCGAGGAACUGGAUCUCGAGGUCAUCGACAGGAAGGUGUUCAAGAGCAAGACUGGUGACAGGAUCAACUUUCUGAACAAGGAGAUCGGCAUCUCGGCAGAGUUCGCCAAGUCAACGGAAGCUCUCGAUUUGAUCAGUCUCCUAAUAGACGGUCUCUUCCGUCUGUCAGACGACAAGUCACACUUGGCGAUCAUCCGAGUUCUUGUCAAACUCGCGCAGAAAGAAUCGGAAGACGAGAGUGCCGAGGGCAAGGAUAGGCUAUGGAAGGUCAUCAUCAAGACGGCACACGAUGAGCUGGAACGAGCUAGUUCGCCUAGCCGGACAGUCGCUACGCACAACCUGUAUCCUUUCAUGACACUCGCACACGUCGCCUGGGACACUCUGGCGAGGAGCCGACCGGAUUUUGCUACAGAGCCUAUCUUCAAGCCGCUCGUCAUCUCGAUGGCGUAUGCCUUGGAUGGAAUCUUGACGCCGAGAGAAGGAAAGGCCAGAAUGAAGGAUGCAAUGCAGAAGGGUGCUGUGAUCAGGACCCGCCGGGUGCUUCGAGGCAACUAUCGUCUCAUCUCGGAGACAUUCGAAGCUCUGCAUCAGGCUCUUCCUAAGAUUGGCGAUCGGCUGUUACCCAUGCUCGGCGUGACCAUGGGUGUUGCGAUCCGUUUGAAGAUCGCACCGAAGCAAAAGGAUGCAGAUCAGGAGCUGCUCCGGGACAAGUACGCUCGGGUUUACAAGGAGCAGAUGACCAAGAUUUUCGUCGAGAGAAUCUUGAACGCCAAACAGCCCUUGCCUCGUCGAGCAUAUGCCGCUUUUGACGACUUGUGGACGGUGUUGGCAGACUCCAAGGUUUUCCUGGAGACGAUCGUACCUGCGGUUGACAAAAUGCUCACCAGGAGUCCUGAAACAGGUUUACCGGUGAUAACCCACAUCUGUGAUAUCUCGGCUGUGGACCUGUCGGCUCAGGUACCACAAAAGCUGGUCCCAGGAAUGAUAUCUGCUACAAAAUCAGCCAAAACGGAGAACCGGGCAGCUGCUGUAUCAUUCGGUAUUUCGCUCGCCAAACGACUCGAUGCUCAAGCUCAGGGCAAGAUGAUGCAGGAGACUCUGGCUUUACCGAUCAGCGGCAAAACCACCGGGCCCGAGAACCGGAUAGCGCUGUUCGAGGUCGCGGCCUCGAUACCUGCCAAUUCGUCGACCUCGGGACUUGCAGCUUCUGGCUUGAUCCCGCUUCUGUCGAAAGAGACCAACGAGACGGCCGCAGAGGCAUUGUGUGCCGCUCUUACCCGGCAUUUGACCUUCUGCACGGCUGAAGAUGUGGGUCAGCCCGACGAGAAGUGCUUGGCUAGCUUGAAGAAGGAUGUGACGUCCAUGAAGACGGUGCUCAGGCGGCAAGUCCUCUUGACGAUCGCCGACGCUCUUUGGGCAAGCGACGCUUCUGCUGCGUGGUCAACCGCGGGUUCGAAGAUGGCAGAAGCUAUCAUUCCCGGUCUGGAAACGGCUUUCAAAUCAGCGUCGACAUUGCUUCCCACCAGUGCUACGGGUGCGCUGCUCGAACCUUACAUGGCAGUUGCUCUGGUUGGAGGAUCUCUGGCUCGCCACUUGUCAUCAAACGCAAAAGUGACCAGUCUGCAAUCCACCGUAUCAGCAUUGAUGCAAGUCAAGCCAAAACCGUCCUUCCUGCUCAACGACAAGAUCUGGCGCAAGGUGCUGACUGAUGAGACGGACCCAAAAUUGAUCACGCGUGUCAAGACGUGGAUGCUAAGGGCGUUUGAGGUAGCGGUCGACCGCAAUGCGGAACAGAAGGUCGACCUUGCGAUUCGUCUCGCCGUGACUACUCCUUUGGUUGUCACUGCACUUGAAGGUGCUGAACACGCAACUAGGCAGUCCGCGUUGCUAGCCAUCCAAAAGGCCAUUGAGCGACAUCCUAAAUCGUUUGGAGACAACCUCACCGAUUCGAUCAACCUAUGGUUGGAUCAGCAGUCGGACGGCGAGCGACAGAUCGGAGAUAACGAAGGGCACUCAUCUCGGUCAUUGCAAACCCGGGCCACGACCCAAAUGAUUGCCAAGCUUAUCAAGACCCGAACAGAAUCUGCCGGAGCUGAUGCUCAAGGCCGAUCAGCAACAGAUGCUCUGCUUAUAGCCUGUCUCCUAUUGUUCCAUCAUCCAUAUUUCGGAGCCGCUGCAACCCAGGUCUGGCUUGAUACUGCGGUCACUGCCGGCUGCGAUCCCGCCAUCCUGGCCCAAAACAAUAUGGACCAGAUCAUGUCAAUGGUUCGCGAGACCUUGAACAGCAAAGAUGUGAACCGCGCUCGCAAGCAAGCAGCGCUGCAAGCUUUGACUACGCUCGUCUUUGUUGCGCCCCACCAUUAUGUCCCUGCUGUUGUGCAGGAGGUCACUGCUACUAUGGAUCCCCUCAAACUCGCUUUCAUUGGUGAAUUCGAGAUCGGUGUUUGGUCGACACCUGAGGGCGAGCUUUAUGUUGACGUCCUGAGCCAGAAGAAGGAGGCCGUUUUGAACAAGAACAGCAAGACAUACGCCCAGGACAAGUGGGACCAAGAAGUCAGGGAGUCCAUCGCCAAGAAGAAGGCAGGGUCAAGCGGUGGGGCUCUGUCAAAACAAGAUCAAGUCCUCGUCGACGCACAGGUAGCCAAAGAAACUACAACUCGCGCGCAAAUUUCCCAGGUCCAGCGUGAAUUCUUGCAAGGCCUAGAAGUCUUCAGAGCACUGCUCGACGGGCGGACCGAGGUAUUUGACAACCACCUGGAGCAGAUUCUUGCAGUCGUCAUCGCUUCCGCUGUUGGACCCGCUGCUUUCUUGGUUGGAGAUGCUGCAUGUGGCCUCUAUCUGGAUUUGAGCAGGGUAUGCCAGGAUAUCGAUGCCAACACCGCUAGGUUCGCUGGAGUCACCUUGUUGAGAGCUCAAGCCAGUCAAGGUCUAUCAAGCAAUUAUUUGAUCGAGGACAUCACUGACCAAUGCCUGAGGGUACUGCAUAGCCUGCACACCAGUAGCCAGCACGGAAAGAUCGAUGCGGUCACGCUAGUAUACGUUCUUCCUCUGCUGUCAUUGGUCAUUGCCAGCAGUGGACUUGGCGAUGGCGAAGCGAAGCGAGAGAGCGCGCCUGAGCAAUUGACUCUGGUCGUCGAGAUUCUGGCCAAUAUUGUCGUCAGCAUGAACUCUCUAAGCUAUCCCAGACUUGCGGUAGCGCGGGACCUGAUCUCUCUGUCGGAGCGCCAACCUGUCCAAGCCAAAGCGGCUAUGGCCGCUCUGGCUCGAUUGGGUGAAACAAUCGCCGAAACGGCAACCGCUGGAGAGGUGCAAGCGCUCAUCAAUGGGAUCCUUUCGCGGGAGAGUUACGUUCGGAACGGGUCUCUGCAAGCUUUACAACCGCUCGACUUGACUGAAUUGACUUUCCCCGUCGAAAUCUUUAUCGGUCGUUUCGACAACGAUGAGCCAAAUGUGGCCCUAGCCGACUCGCUGUGGGAGGAAAACGGUCUGGACGUCACCAGCGACUACAUCGAGAAGCUCCUACCGUUUUUGCAACACGACGUCGCUGUUGUGAGAAACGGAGCUGCACAAGCCAUCGCUGAAGCUACAGCGCAAUUCCCCGAGAACGUGAAACAUGUCCUCGAAGCCUUACGAUCGCUAUACGUAGAAAAAGCCCGCGUUCUGGCCCCUGAAUUCGACAAAUUUGGCAUGGUCAUCCCCGAAUCGCUGGACAGACAAGACCCGUCUCACAUCAGGGUGGCGGUAGCUCGGUCCCUUCAGGCGCUCAGCCCGCUCAUGGCCAAGGCACAUGUGCUUGCCCUGUUUGAUUUCCUGGUCAUCGAGGAGGCAUUGGGCGAUCGUGCCUCCGAAGUUCGUCAAGCUCUGCUUGCAGCCGGUGUGGCCGUUGUAGACGCGCACGGAGAUAAGGUCGUCAGCGAGCUGAUUGCGAGAUUCGAAGCUUAUCUUGCCCAGCCUGCAAACGCCAAUGUCGAGGCUGAUUUCGUCAAGGAAGGUGUUAUUGUCUUGUUCGGACGAUUGGCCAAGCAUCUUCCGCCUGGCGACAAGCGGACUCCAAUCAUUAUCGACCGAUUGUUGCUCGCUCUCGAAACGCCCUCGGAGAUCGUCCAGGUCGCAGUUGCCGAUUGUCUCCCGCCUCUGGUUAAAGUGGCUGCCGAUCAGACCGAAUCCUUCCUGGAUCGACUGUUCGAGUCCUUGACCACCGGUGCCAAGUACGCCGCUCGUCGGGGUGCGGCAUAUGGUCUCGCUGGACUCGUCAAGGGACGUGGAUUGUCAGUACUCUCCGAAAACGAACUCUUGUCGCGCCUGCAAGAGUCGACGCAGGACAAGAAGAACUACCAGGCCCGACAGGGUGCGGUCUUUGCAUACGAAACUUUGACGUCCACCCUGGGACGCGCUUUCGAGCCCUACCUGAUCUCGAUCAUUCCCUCGCUUCUGAGCUUGUUUGGUGACGCUCAGCCGGACGUCCGAGAAGCCACGAGUGAUGCUGCCAAGGUCAUCAUGUCCAAGAUCUCUGGACACUGCGUCAAGCAGAUCCUUCCUUUGCUACUGUCGGGAUUGGAUGAGAAGCAAUGGAGGACUAAAAAGGGGUCUAUCGAAUUGCUCGGAGCUAUGGCUUUCUGUGCCCCCAAACAGUUGUCUUACUCGCUACCGACCAUCAUCCCUCAAUUGACAGGCGUUCUGACCGAUUCUCAUGCCCAAGUCCGUACCGCCGCCAACACCAGUUUGAAGACUUUCGGAGAGGUACUCAGCAAUCCCGAAAUCAAGAAGUUGCAACCGACUCUUCUCAAAGCACUUGCCGAUCCCACCAGUAAGACGGCAACUGCUCUUACCGCCUUGCUCGCUACUUCCUUCGAGCAUUACUUGGAUUCGCCUUCGCUUGCGUUGGUUGUACCGAUCCUUGACCGUGGACUAAAGGAGAGGAGCUCAGAGACAAAGCGAAAAUCAGUCUUGAUUGUCGGAAACAUGGCAUCUCUGACCGAAUCAAGAGACUUUAUCCCCUACCUGGGACAACUUCUGCCUUUGAUUCAAGCGGUCCUGGUCGAUCCCGUUCCGGAAGCGCGAGCAACCGCGGCCAAGGCUCUGGGAACCCUGGUCGAACGUCUCGGGGAGGAAAACUUCCCUUCGCUCGUCACCAAGCUCUUGCAGACUUUGCGUUCCGACACCAGCGGUGUUGACAGGCAGGGUGCCGCCCAAGGUCUUAGUGAAGUGCUUGCGGGUCUUGGCGUCGGUCGGAUGGAGGGACUCCUGCCCGACAUCAUCAACAGUGCAUCGAGUCCUCGUCCGUACGUGCGGGAAGGUUUCAUCUCGCUUCUCAUUUACUUGCCUGCAACAUUUGGCCAGAGAUUCGCACCUCAUCUGGGACGAAUCAUCCCGCCCAUCCUUGGAGGUUUGGCGGAUGAAUCCGAGUACGUCCGAGAGGCCUCCAUGCGUGCAGGUAAGAUGAUUAUUAGCAACUAUGCUAGUCGGGCCAUCGAGUUGUUAUUGCCCGAACUGGAGAGGGGAAUGCUCGAUCCGUCAUGGCGGAUCCGACAGUCCUCGAUCUCCCUUACUGGUGAACUGCUCUACAAGGUCACCGGUAUCAGCGGAAAAGUCGAAAUUGAGGAAGACGAAGCGCCUGCGCAUCACGCGGACACCGCCAGAAAAGCGCUGGUCGAAGCUCUGGGUCAAGAGGGCCGUGACCGCGUUCUCGCGAUUCUAUACAUCGUCAGGCAGGACGAUGUGGGCUCUGUUCGUCAGGCCUCGAUUCACAUUUGGAAGGCACUGGUCCACAACACUCCCAAGACUGCUCGUGAGAUUCUCCCCACUCUCUUCAAGAUGAUGGUAGAUCUCAUGGGCAGUGAGAUCAACGCUCAGCGCGACGUUGCUAGUCGAACUUUGACCGAGCUUUGUCGCAAGAGCGGUGACCGGACCAUUGGGGAUAUCAUUCCCAUGAUGCGAUCCGCUGUUGCCAACCCAAUGCCUCGAACUCGAGAAGGUGCUUGUUUGGCUCUGGCCGAGCUCAUUGAUAAUACCUCAAGCGAUCAUCUGGAGGCUCAUGAAGAUACUGUCAUCGAUGCGGUCCGAGCCGCGCUUAUUGACGAGGACUCAGCCGUCCGUAUCGCUGCUGCUCGUGCGUUCGAUGCGCUCCAAGAAGCCAUUGGACCGAAGACUAUCGAACGCACCAUCCCCACUUUGCUCGAAGCCAUGCGUACUCCUGGAGAAAAGUCUGAGACUGCUUUGAUGGCCCUGAAGGAAGUGAUGAGUGUCCGAGCCACGACCGUCUUCCCCACUCUACUACCUACCCUUACAGCUCAGCCGAUCACGGCGUUCAACGCUCGGGCUCUGGCUGCGUUGGUGACAGUAGCAGGCGAAGCCUUGAGCAAACGCUUGAGUAGUGUCCUCAAACCCCUCGUCAAAUCCAUGGAGAAUGAGAAGGACGAUCAGAUUAAGACCGAAGUGCAGACCGCUAUUCGAGCUCUUUUGUCCUCUAUCGAAGACGAAGAGGGAAUGGAGACGCUGCAGAUGUUGCUGCUUGGGUGGGCCAGAGAAGGUAAACCCGCCCGAAAAGCACAGGCUUGCCAGAUCCUGGCUACGCUUUGCGAGGUCGCCGAAGUUGACGCCUCCGAAUACCGUGUGGACUGGGUUACGCAACUGGUGUCGUUGUUCAAUGAUCCGUCGGAUGAAGUUGUACUUGGCGCAUGGACCGGUCUGGACGCUCUGGUCAAGUCAAUACCCAAGGACGAGUUGGAGGACUUGGUCGUUCCCCUUAGGAAAGGUAUCGAAAACUUGUCGGCUCCUGGAGAGGAAGUGGCCGGAUUUUCGAGGUCGAAGGGUGCUCAGCCCAUCGUCCCUAUCCUUUUGGCGGGUCUUCUAAGCGGAACCGAGCAACAAAAGGAGCAAGCCGCUUUCGGAAUUGGCGAGCUUGUCCAACGGACUUCAGAAGCGGCCAUCAAGCCCUACAUCAUUCAGCUUACCGGACCGUUGAUCCGAGUCAUUAGCAGCGGUACCUUGGCCGCGCAGAUCAAGGGGGCCAUAUUGUCUACGCUCACGGUCCUGCUGCAAAGCGUGCCGCAACUGGUGCGACCCUUCCAUCCGCAAUUGACUCGAACAAUGAUCAAGAGCGUGACCGACACCUCAAGCUCUUCCGUCAGGAGCAAGGCCGCUGCGGGAUUGGGAGAGCUCAUGAAGCAUCAGCCACGUGUCGAUCCCUUGGUGACUGAACUAUUGACCUCAGCCAAGCAGGUUGACGCUGAAAUCGCGCCUGCUGUGGUGAACGCUUUGGCCGUAGUGACGGAAUCUGCUGGAAAGAAUAUGGGUGCUCAGGUCAAGGAAGGUCUGAAAGAGCUGGUCGAAGACGCCGACAGCACGCCUGGCCCAUAUGCAACUGCCAUCCGGAAACUGAAGCAAGCUCUCUCCGGGGAAACGAAGCCCGUACAACCCGAGAGCGCAUCGUAUGUAGAGGAAUGAUAUAGAUGUGUCACCGUUGUAACUGAUUAUAUUGACAUGUAUUUGACCCUUUCUGCCAGCCGCACCGC